GUCACUUCCUGUCGGUCAUGGUGGCAUUGGAGGUAUGCGGCUGCCAUUGGGCUGUGGGUAGCGACGAUUUUGUCUACACGGGGCUUGUUGCGUUACUAUUUCGCGGAGGAUGGCUAAUUGCGACGGCCGUUGUGCUGCAGCGUCAUCUCAAUGCGACGCCUAGAGUUUCCUGCGCGGUCUAUAACCGCUCGACCGUGUUCGUCAGCGUUCUUCUCGCUGAUUUGGUCGUACAGAGUGUGCUACAGUUGGUCGUGAUAUGCGUGAGCGGCAGAGGCGGUAUGAACAACACCCGACGUGACAGACUUGUGGGUGGGUUGAUAUCAAUUCAGUUGUUGUUGUUUGUCGUCGAGACGGUGUGGGUUGUGGUGGGGUCUGUAUGGGCAUUUGGUAGAGACACGAGUUGUGAUGAGUCUGUUGAUAAAAUUAGAGCUCUCCUCAUAGUCGGCUACGUCUGGUUUGUUGUCUAUGUUAUCAAACAGCUGUGCAAUGUCGAUCCUAUGGGCUGUUUGCAUGGCCACAUUCGCAGGAGGAGCGACACCAAAAGGGAGGAGAAGGAGGAGGAGGAGGAGGAUGACAUUGGAUUGAGACAAUCUUGGGAUCGAUGUUGUCGUGUUGUUUGCUGCCUUGCGGAUUUGGGCGAAGCGAAUCGAGGUGUCAUACUCGAUGUGUCUCGACUGUUCUCGACGGCCUUUGCUAGAACGGGAGUCAGUGGCAACAUGGUCGCUACAGACUUUGCAGCAGCAUUAGCUUUGAUACAAUUGCGUCAAGAGCGAGAAGAAAGAGAAUACUAUACAACAUGCAGGAUUGAUACAGGAGACAGACCGUACUCUGGUGUGCUUUCUGAUCUCGAAUAUCCGUGUUCACCCUUGAGCGAGUUUGAAUUAGAUUCGGAUUUGAGUGACUCUGAACAACGGGCAAGAAUUAUGGCAUAUAGAGACGCUUGCUAUUAUAUGAAGUAUGCUUUGGCAGCUUAUGGGUGGCCGUUGCUGACGUUAAUGCAUCUUGGAACCGGCCUGUGUCGUCUGGCUCCCAACUGUCGAUGCUGUGCUUGCUGUAGAAUACAUACGACUCCGAAUGAUAACUGUCUGGAAUGCCACACAUCGGCCAUCCUGUGUCAGACCGGUCUAGCUCGUGAUGAUCUCAUUGAUGUGACAUAUCACAACACGGUGUAUAAACCACCAUAUUUUGUAGCCGUGGACAGAGAAAGACAAGCCAUCGUUGUUUCAAUCAGAGGAACGAUGUCUAUAAGUGAUGCCUUGACUGACAUAACUGCCGACCCAGUGCAACUUCCGGGCUCAUCCCAGCCGUUGCACGCACACGGAGGAAUAUACAAAGCCGCAUCCUUUGUCAAACGUCGACUGGAUGAAGGAGACACAAGCCCUCUACAGAAAGCAUUUGAGCACGCAAAGAGAGUGGACCCACAUGUAGAAUACAACGUCGUUAUAACAGGACAUUCUCUGGGCGCAGGUACAGCCAGUAUACUAGCUCUGCUAUACGUCUUGGAGAAUCGUUAUCCUGAUUUGGUCUGCUUUGCUUAUUCGCCACCGGGCGGCCUACUCAGUAUACCGGCCGUAGAACUGACGAAGAAAUUUACGACAUCCAUUGUUCUAGGCAAAGACAUGAUCCCACGUCUUAGUCUGGAGAAAGCAUACAAGCUAUUAGAUGUUAUGAAAUGUGAAACAGAGAGCUGUCAGUCUCCUAAGUGGCUUAUUCAAUUGAAAUGCUUCUGUGCUUGCUGUUGUAAACGUUGGCAACCGCGUAGCAUGUUAGAUGAUACAGAAGAUGAUACAAUAAGCAAACAAUCAGAUGAGCACACUGAAACAACUCAUUUGACUGUGGCUUCUCGAGAUAGUCACACUCGGUCACUGUUUGAAAUGGAGGGUCCGCCGUUGUAUCUUCCAGGUUACGUAAUCCAUUUAGUCGAAGUGGUCAACUCGAAGGGUCGCACUUGUUACAGAGCAUUCUGGACGGACUAUCGUGGAUUCCAUACUUUACUAGUAGGAGCAGCAAUGAUACACGACCAUCUGCCUCAUCGCGUCAAUGAGUGCCUUCAAGGCUUGCAUCAACUUGUAGAUUAGUUUAAUAUAUUUGUACUGACUGUCAAUUUUUUGAUUGGGCAGGGUUUUGUAUUUAGCUAGUUGCUUAUAAAUACAUGUACAGCAGGACAGACAGCAGCUAUCUUCUGAUGCUAUUAAAGAAUUAUGUUGUGUAAGAAGGUGGCAAGAUACUACAGUAA